UCUGGGUCUGAGUCAGUCGAGCCUGGAAGUCGGACGGGAUCACAACGAAAAUUUUUAAGCGCGUUUCGAGAAGCAUAAUUGAGUAGUUGCUAUCAGCAUCGGUGCAAUAAAAAAAAUACAAUUUAAAAUAUUGAAACAAAUCUAAAUAUGGCCAUGUGGCUCCUGGGCCUUUGGCUGGCGAUCCUGCUUGUGGAUCGACCCGGGGUUAUAGCUUAUCGAUCGAGCAGCGGCCACCGAAGUGAGCAGUCCGAACAAGCCGGGUUAUCAGCAGCAGAACACGGGCAUUCGAGUUACGGCGGCGACCAACAGCAGCCUAUUUACCAGCGGGACUUGCCGUGUCCGCCGCAUUUUACGGGUCUGGUUGCGUAUCCCCACGAUUGCCAUCGCUUUGUGAAUUGCUUCCAAGGCAGUCCCACCAUCCAGACCUGUUCCCCCGGAACAUUGUUCAAUGCAAAGAGCCUGGUGUGCGAUCAUCCCAGCAAUGUGGCUUGCUCAUCAACGGACUCGCAAUCCACUCGCUUGGGACGCCUGAGGCAGUUCGACAGUGAACCGAAGUGUCCACCCGGAGUGAAUGGAUUGCAACCACAUCCGACGGACUGCACCAAGUUCCUUAACUGCGCCAAUGGCCAGGCUUUCAUAAUGGACUGCUCACCAGGAACUGCCUUCAGUCCAUUAUCGCUGGUUUGCGUGCACAAGGAUCAGGCCAACUGUGGAACUGGAGGAGCAGGAGCUUCGGGCCACGGCUACUCUCCACUGCCCUCGGAGGAACUGGGUUGUCCACCAGGUACACGCGGUCUUCGUCCGCAUCCCCACGACUUGCACAAGUAUCUGCGGUGCGGCAUAGGUGUUAAAACUCAGGUUGAGCAGUGUCCGCAGGGAAUGAUCUUCGAUGGCCCAACUUUGGUAUGUGUUCAUUCUGGCUCCUUUCAGACCUCCUCUUCCUCCUUCACCUCUGCUGAGAUUCAGGUUAACUAUCUCCUGUGUCCAGUGGGAGCAGUUGGUCUCUUUGUUCACCCCUUCGAUCAGACAAAGUUUCUCAGUUGUAAAAAUGGUAAGGUGGCUGUGCAAAGCUGCCAGCCUAAUUAUGUAUUCAGCAUAUCGAGGGGAUACUGUCAGGUGAAAACACAAUUAUCCGUCACCGACUAUGUGACAUUAGUUGUCUCCCAGAUCAGCUACGAGUAUUCACUGACCCUAACUGCCUGUCCUGGCGACAUCAACGGCAUCUACUUGUAUCCCUACGAUGCCGAAAAGUACGUUCAGUGCUUGGCUGGCGGCAGAAUGUCCAUCCUAAGCUGUGGUCCCCAGAUGGCCUUUAGUGUAACCCAACGAACUUGUCUUUCACGAGGUCAAGUUCACAGCUCCGAUCGGGUGAAGUUCUGGGAAGAAGUUCAGGUUCAGACGUCGCAUUCCAACCAGGUCAUUCAGGGACAUGGUCGAGGCACGCCGUCUUCGCCCCUAUCGUGCCCAGCCAAUGGUCAGCGGAACUACCCUUAUCCGUUCCAUGCUGGACACUAUGUAAAGUGCCAAAACGGAGUAUUAGAGAUAGUCUGUUGUCCCGCUGGACUGCUCUACAGUCUGUCCCAGCGACAGUGUGUGGCCCGUCACCUCCUCUCUGCCCAUGACUAUCUGGAUUACACUUACAUCAGUACUGAGUUUUCGACUGAAUUUAUGGUGGACCGAUCGACUCUUACUUGUCCUCCUCAAGUCCAGGGAUACUAUUUGCAUCCCUUCGAUUGCACCAAGUAUGUCAAUUGCUGGAAUCAGCAGACAUUAAUCGAGAGUUGCACGCCGGGCGAAAUCUUCAGCUUUUCUAAUCAGAACUGCGUACCAAAGGAUCAAUGCAAGGGUCCCAGCGACCAUGUAGAAUACUUAAUUGAGACGUCGGUGGUAACGACUUAUGAGAUGGAUGUAUCAGGACAAAAGAGCUUGCAUAACAGCGGUGCUAUAUCUUGCCCUCCGGGAUCUUCUGGCAUUCAUCCCCAUCCAUUCGAUUGCACCAAGUUUUUGGAAUGUGCGAAUGAAGAAACUUUCGUUAAGAAUUGUGGACCGGGCACCGCUUUCAGCACCGUCAUUAACAGUUGCGAUUUUGCCAAUAAUGUGGACUGCAGUGGCAGAAACUCUUUACACGGACCGAAUAAGGUUGCUGAUACAAACCCAGGACCUAGCUACCCAACAAAACCAAGGGAUACUUAUUCACCAUCACAAUCACCUAGCCCUUCAGCUCCACCUGCAGAGCACCUGUCAGAUAUUUUGUGUCCUUCUGGAGUGGAUGGUUCAUUUGUCCACCCCUUCGAUCAAACAAAGUUUAUCCUUUGUCAUGAAGGUCAGCGGGUUCAAAGCUGUCAGCCCGGUUAUGUGUUCAGCAUAUCUAGGGGUAACUGCCAGCUCAAGGCCGAGUUGGUCUACAGCGACUAUGUGUCAUAUAUAGUCUCUGCGAUUAGCAUUGAACAAUCCAUGAUACUCUCCGCUUGCCCUGCUGGUACUGACGGUCUUCAUCUGUAUCCCUAUGAUGCUGCCAAAUAUGUGCGUUGUUCUGGUGGCGGCAAGAUGUCAAUUAUAGGUUGUGGACCGCAAAUGGCCUUCAGUUUGUCCCAGCGAGCUUGUCGUCCAAAUCGGCAAGUGACAAAAGAAGAUCGUGUGAAGUAUUGGGAAGAGCUGGAGAUUGUGACAACGACAACGUAUACCAGACAGGACGUUCAGAUCCAUCAAUCUCCACUUAGGGGUUGCCCAGAUAAUCUGCAAAUGAAUUACCCCUAUCCCUUCCACGCUGGACACUUUGUGAAAUGCCAGAAUGGGCUUUUGCAGAUUGUGAGUUGUCCCCCAUCAGCUGUCUACAGUUUGUCUCAACGCAAGUGUAUGGGCCCACACCUUCUCUCCACCCAUGACUAUUUGGACUAUGGCUAUAUCAGUGAACAGUUUUCGACUGACCUUAUAAAGGAUCUGUCAACGUUGACUUGUCCUCCGCAAGCCCAGGGCUACUAUCUGCAUCCUUUUGAUUGCACCAAGUAUCUAAUUUGUUGGAAUCAACAAAUCUCCAUAGAUAGCUGUAAGCCAGGCGAGGUAUUCAGCAUCUCGCGGCAAAGGUGUGUAAUCAGUAAUAACGUAACGGAAGUUUACGAUCGUGUGGAGUAUUUGGAAGAAACGCAACAUGAAUUGAGCCAGGAGGCGGAGGAGGAUGGUGAACAGUUGGAGCAGAACAGCGGACAAUCGCUUGAUGGAGGCUAUCAACCGUCAUCUCCGUUAACUGGAAAGUAUCAGACUCAUAAUAAUUGGAAUGGAGAUUCCCAGCCAUUGCCUCAACAGAAUGGAGGUCAGCCACCUUCUCAGGCGAAUGUUCCUUCAUACCAGCCUCCUUAUCCACCGAAUGCAGGCUAUCAGCAAUCUUCUCAAACUAUUGGAGCUUACCAGCCACCUUCUAAUGGGAAUGGAGGUAACCAACCACAUGCUCAAGCAAGUGGUGGCUACCAGCCACCCUAUCAAACUAAAGGAGGCUAUCAGCCACCAUAUCAAACUAGUGGCGUUUACCAGCCACCUUCUCAAGCGAAUGGAGGUUACCAGCCGUCUUCUCAAGGAAAUGGAGGCUACCAGCCCCCUGCUCAAGUAAAUGCUGGCUACCAGUCACCCUAUCAAACUAAAGGAGGUUACUGGCCACCCUAUCAAACUAGUGGCGUUUACCAGCCACCUUCUCAAGCGAAUGAAGAUUACCAGCCACCUUCUCAAACAAAUGGCGGUUACCAGCCUCCUUAUCCAACUAGUGGAGGGUACCAGCCACCUUAUCCACCCAAUGGAGCCUACCAUCAAACUUCUCAAGCAAAUGCAGGUUACCAGCCACCCUUCCAAGCUGGUGGAGCUUACCAGCCUCCUUAUCCAGCGAAUGGAGGCUAUCAGCCAUCCUAUGAAACUAAAGGGGGUUACCAGUCACCUUCCCAAUCUAGUGGUACAACUAACUAUCUUGGGGGAGUAGAGCCUCCUGCUGUACCAACUCCUCUGAUGUGCCCAGAAAAGGUAAGUGGCCUCUUUCCGAAUCCCUUCGACGCCACCGGUUAUCUGACCUGCAUCGAUGGUCACACGCUGGCUAGGCAGUGCCAGCCUCUCGAUUUCUUCAGUGUUUCCCAAGGCUACUGCUUACCUGAGCAGCACGUCGCCAUCACGGAUCGUAUUCCGUUUGAAAAGAAGGCAGGCGACCAAAUUAAUUCUUUGUCCUGUCCUAGAAAUUACGUGGGCUUCUUUGUCUAUCCUUUCGAUUGUUCGAAAUACCUGAGCUGUGGUCCUAGUGGAAUGGAACUUUUAAAUUGUCCAGAUGAGCAGCACUACAGUGUCUCGCUUGGAUUUUGCAAGCCCGAGAAUCAAGUGCUACGUAAUGAUCGUCUGUACACAAUCAAUGAACUCCACAUAAUUUUUGAGUGGACUCAGAGAAUGAAGAUCGCUGGCGCUGUUACCGCGUGUCCUGAGGGAAUAACUGGAACCUUGCCGCACCCAAGUGUGCCUAGCAAAUACCUCCAAUGUGGACCAGGCCAGGCCGAGAUGUUCGAAUGUCCAAGCCAGCAGAUUUUCAGCGUUUCUCGGAGAGUGUGCGUGCUGGAUACUAAAUUACCCAGCGACGAUCGCACCGAUUAUCUUGUUCGAGGGGUCACUUCCGGUUGGAUAGCUCCCUCUAAUGACAAUCGGCAAUCCAAAUCUUAUGAGACUUCUGGACGAGAUCAGUUUGGUAACCGGUAUACCACUAGAACUACAACGACAACGCGGGUGAUUGGAGACCGUUGGACAGACAUGAACAUGCAGCGACCAUCAGGGGCUGGACUGGAGCAAAACCCUCAUCAUCAUCACCAAGCACCCAACCCAGGAUGGAUUGGCCAGGAGACAUCCUACGUCCAGCGUGGGCCCUCUCAGAAUACUCUAUAUGUGGAGGGAUCGUUGCAGCCUAACCGUAAUUAUCCUACCUAUAAGACUCCGUUGGCCCCCAUGGCACCCAGCAACCCGAGAAAUGUCUACCACGCCCAACCUGUUGAGGAAAAGCAACCAGAGUACCAAAGUCCAGUUCCAUCGCGCCAGAACUUUAGUCGCAGGAUCGAUUACGGUUCUCCCAACAAUGACUGGAAGCCAAUGCCACCACUUGCUCCUAUGGGUGGACAGAAACCAUUAGAUCUAGACUACACACCCCAUUAUCCUGGUGCCAGGGAACCCCAAACGCCAGCUCCUCUGCCCGGACAGAAACCCAUUGACUUGGACUAUGACGACCAACAAACACUCGAAGAUCCGUACAACGAACCUCAGCCCCAUCCCGGAUCACCUCGUAAUCACUAUCCAGAUCAGUUGCCCAGUGGUUCGAAACCAAUUGGUAGACAGCAACCAGUUGACUCGAACUCCAAUGGUUUUCCAGACCAGCAACAGCCCUUAGAUUCCCACAAUAGACCUCAGGGAUCAAAUGCUCCGCCAAGACUUAACCCCAACAGGCCAUUGAAUAAUCAAUCCAAUCUUUAUGGUGGUCUUUUACCACCCAAACCAGAUUUCUCGACUAACCCCCAACCCACUCCUCCGCCGCGUCCUUUGCCCUCCCCCGCUCAAACACCUCAACUGGCAAAUCGUCUGCACACAUUUCCUAUUUAUCCACCUGUGGGAAACCAAACCUCACAGCAGACUCCCAGACACCCCCACUAUAGUCCCUCGUACGCGGGAAUCUCCCACUCUGGAAAUGCAUCCUGGGCCAAAGUCCCGGUGACGAGUACGACGCCAGCACAAGAACCCGACCCCUUCAAUCCUGAAUCGGGGGAGCCUUUCUAUGACGAUGAUGAUUUCACAACCACAACAACAAAGCGGGGCUUGGUGCCACCUCCUUUUGAUCAUAAGUUCUACAGUCCGCAGUCUCAGAUUCCAAGUUUUAGCCAAGGCUCUGAUCCCAACUCCCAAACGGCCAUCAAAGAGGCUCUUAAACUAAUGCUGCGUCCCUAUUUUAAUCACAGUGGUAAUGCCCAAGAGAAACUGGCCAAGCAGGCUGAAUCAGCCAUAGUAUCUGUGAUUAGUAAGCCUCCAAUCUCUACCACCACCACUACUACAACCACACCAAAACCAACGACGACUACUUCGACGACUCCUAAAACCGACCUUGACUCUGACGCCGAACUUAUUAAGGCGGGUGAACAGGAAAGCCUGGAUGCCGUUGACGAGGACUAUGUUUUUCCAGAUGCCGGUGAGACGUCCCGAACCGAGCAGACCCUUGAUCCCAGUACCACGUACUCCUCGACAGACUUUCAACGGAGCACCCGCAAGGCGGAGUUUGACUCGAUCCCAACCACAAAGAAAAACAAUUGGCUUGCGUCUGGACACAAUCGUGACUACCACCAGCGUCAUCCAAAUUUGCCCGAUCCGUUCUCCGAGCACCAUCCCAAUCCAUCCUCCCACCGACACCGCCACCCUCAUGAACACAAACACCACGAACACAGUGCCGACUUCCAUCGUCGUCAUCCAGAACUGCCCAAUCCAUUUCCACACAAGGAUGAAACCGACCAACAGGAGGUCCUAGAAGAGGACUUGGAGAUAUUCCCCAAUCCCAAUGCUGAGGAAGUGACUCCCAAACUAGGCGUUCGUUCGAGUUUCGAUAAUCAAUGCGACUUCGAUUGCGGUGAUGGCAAAUGCUUGAAGAAGGAGCAGGUCUGCAAUGGCCAAAAAAACUGCGAUAAUGGCAGGGACGAGGCUAACUGCCCGCCGUUGGACUACGAGGUGCGUUUAACAGGAGGCGAAAGCCCACAUAUGGGCCGUAUUGAAGUCAAAGCUAAUGGCCAAUGGGGCUAUGUCUGCGAUGACAAGUUCGGUCUAAAGGACGCAGAUGUGGUGUGCCGAGAACUGGGCUUUAAGAUGGGUGCCCAAGAGGUUCGAGGAAGCUCUGCUUAUCCUCCACCUGACCAGGAUUUUAAUUAUCUAAUGGAUGAGGUCGAAUGUCAUGGCAACGAAACAAAGCUGAGCGAGUGCGCCUUUAAAGGGUGGGGCGUCCACAACUGCGGAGUUGAUGAGGUGGCUGGCGUCAUCUGCAAGGUUCCGGUGAUGAAGUGUCCCAAUAACUACUGGCUAUGUCACACCUCCAAGGAGUGCAUCCCGCCCGCCUUUGUGUGCGACAAUACCGAAGACUGUGCGGAUAAGUCGGAUGAAUGCGCGGCCGUCUGUCAGGCCCCCAUUCAGUACCGUUUGGAGGGAGGACGUGGUUCCAAUGAAGGUCGCCUGGAAGUAAAAUACCACGGUGUUUGGGGUAGCGUUUGCGAUGAUGACUUCAACCAAAAGUCUGCUCAAGUGGCUUGUAACUCCAUGGGCUUCUAUGGACCAGCGAAAAUCGAGAAGAACAUCUUCGGCAUUGGCAAUGGACCCAUUUGGCUCGAUCAGGUGAUGUGUUUUGGAAACGAAACCAGCCUUGAAAAUUGCAACCACUGGAAUUGGGGCGAGCACAAUUGUAACCACACAGAGGAUGUGGCGCUGCAUUGCACCGCUGGACCACCACCUCGAAAUGGAAAGUUAUCUGCAGGUCAAUUGAAAGGUGGUAGGCAACUUGGGGGGGAAAGUCCAGCGAGAAGCUACUCACAGAUUGGCCUGUGGGAACGAUCCAGCAAAGCUCUCCACACUCCCCGUCGUUGCGGAAUCUUUAAGGACGACCUGACCGAUGAGUACCUACAUCGAGAGGAGCGCGUGGUCAGGGGAAAUGUGGCACAGCGAGGUCGUCAUCCGUGGCAGGCCACCAUAAGAACCAAAGGACGUGGUGGCAUCUCCAGUCACUGGUGUGGAGCGGUAGUGAUUUCCAAGCGCCACCUCCUUACCGCUGCCCACUGUCUGUAUGGAACUCGAAAGGGAUCAUACUUUGUCCGCGUCGGAGAUCACUAUGCCAAUAUAGCAGAGGCCUCCGAGGAGGAUACGUUCAUAGAAAACUGGUACACACACGAGAACUUCCGCCAGGGAACCCAUAUGAAUAACGAUAUUGCCCUGGUGGUGUUGAAGAGUCCUCUGAGGUUUAGUGACUACGUCCAGCCAAUUUGCUUGCCUGAUAAAAAGGCAGAGCUCGUGGAAAACCGUAAAUGCACCAUUUCCGGCUGGGGUUCCAUUAAAUCGGGAGUGUCUACUCCUGCGCAAGUUUUGGGUUCCGCUGAGCUUCCCAUUUUAGCAGACAACGUUUGCAAGCAAUCAAAUGUGUAUGGAUCGGCCAUGUCAGAAGGCAUGUUCUGUGCUGGUUCCAUGGAUGAGAGUGUGGAUGCCUGCGAAGGUGACUCAGGCGGACCACUUGUUUGUUCCGAUGACGAUGGCGAGACAUUGUACGGCCUUAUCUCGUGGGGUCAGCAUUGCGGCUAUAAGAACAGACCGGGUGUCUAUGUCCGUGUCAAUCACUAUAUUGACUGGAUUUACGAGAAAAUUAAUGAGAGCUUGCUUCGCUUGUAAGGGAACGCAUUUCCCAGGCCGUUAAUAUUCAUCUUGUUACAUGACUAUUAUUUCAUAAGAAUUUUGUAGUGAGUUUACAAAUAAAGCAGAUUAUUUUGAAAAUGUAAA